AUGGGAAGGCCAAAAAAAAUUGUUAGUCAAAAGAAUAUUGAAAAUUUUCAAAAGGAAUUAGAAGAAGUAGGUGAACGUACAGAUCUACUUUUGCAGGACAAAAGAGGAAGAUCUAAAUCAUGUUUGUUUUGUAGGAGAAGAAAGCAGCGUUGUGACCAUAAACUACCCAGUUGUACUGCAUGUCUAAAAGCAGCAGUUAAAUGUGUUCAACCUGUUAGGUAUUCUAACGCCACAAACAACGUUUCGAAAAAAGAUAGAGCAAAGAAACCUAAUUCGACCAAUACCACAGACUCUCCAUACACCGCAUUUUCAUCCCAGUCUGGAACUCCAGAUUUAUCCUCUAUACAACAGUUAAAUAGCUCACAAGCCAGCUCUCAAAUAGAUUUGAUGAAUAUACCGAUAUCUGGACAGACUGUAAAUAAGAUACAACCAAUAACGACUCAUAAUUCUGCCGUUGUUGAGACAAAAGUUGUGAAUACUGAAGAAUCUAAUAAUAUGUUAUUAAAGAAAAUUAAAUAUUUAGAGCAAUUACUUGAUCUAUCUCCAACUAGUUCACAAUUUGCAGAAAGAGUAGAAAAAUAUAAACAAUUAAAUAGCAUGAUUGGAGAGACACAAAAUAGUCAAAAUCUAGGAUCACAACAUCAACAAUCUCUAUUUUCUUCGCCAGGGCCUAUUUACGCUAAUCAAUCGUCAUCAUCUCAAUCUGUUGAUGGUGCCUUUAAUCAAAAUAGAGGGAUGCCAUACAGAGCUCCUAUUAGACAAUCAAUAAACUCUCCAACGGUACAAGAACCAGAAAAAUACAGAUUAGUCAGGGAUAUUCCUGCACUUGCUUCUGACUCAGUUGACUCUAUCGAUUUUUCAAAUUCAAUAUUUGCUAAAUAUAAUUUGAAACAAUUGUAUAAUUAUGAUCCAGUAUUUGAAUUUGAUAAAGAAUUAUCGAGGUUAUUUUUGGAUACUUAUUUUACACGUUUGCAAUUCAAAUAUCCAUUAUUAGAUGAAAAUGAAAUAUACACUUUUCAUCAUAAUUAUGUUAAUAAUAAAAUAUAUUCAUAUUCCGAAACUGAAUUUCAUUUUGCGUGUGGUAGAAUGUGGUUACUUUUCAGUAUAAGUGCAUGUUUAUACAUGACAUCAGGUAAAAAUAAAGGUUUACCUCCUUACCGUUAUUUUUCGACAGCAAUUAGACAUAUUUCCAAAUGUGAUCAUAAUUUAACUUAUUUACAACAAGUUGAAUUGUUAACAUUGUUAGUUCUUUAUAUUUUAAGAACCGAUCAAGAUUCUUCAAUCUUAUACGAAAUUAUUAAAGAUGUGAUGGUUAUCUGCAAAGACAAACUUCAACUAAACAUAUUUGGUGCAGAAGAUGUACACUGUUAUAAAAAGUUAAGAAUAUUUUGGUCAGUCUAUUUAUUAGAGAGAAUGAUUUGCAUUUCAGUUUGGAGACCUUACUCAAUUGUCGAAUCAGAGAUUAAGUUACCAUAUUUGCCAAAUGACGUCUUUGAACACAAUGGGAAAACUCCUCAAAAAAAUAAUAAUGUUUUCUUUUUAAACCAAUCUUUGAUGUUAAGAAGGAUUGAGUCUGAGUUUGUAGAAAAAUUGAAGAUACUACCUCAUACUGUAACUGAUAAAAAGAUAUUAAAGGAGCAGUUGCCUUUAGUAAAGAAUUAUUUCCACAGAUUGGAAUCAUGGAGAGCUGGCUGUUCAGCAUCUCAUUUUAAGAAUUAUGAGAACGAAACAAUUAAAUUGUAUUAUUAUAGAUCUGUAAGGUUAUUGAUUCAACCAUAUCUAGAGGUUUUGAAGCCUGAAGAUAGAUUGUUUAGAGAAUGUCAGGCAGCUGCUGGUCAGAUUUGUCAAUUAUAUAAAAUUUUCCAUCAAAAAACUGUAUAUGGACAUUCUACACCUGCUGUUCAUAUCGUUUUUGUUGCGGGCGUGACAUUAAUAUACUGUAUGUGGUUAACAAGAAAUUUAGAUGAUAAGAGAAGAAAGAUAUUAGGUGAUGUAUCAAAACACACUAGGCCCCACUUAAGUGCAAGUUUGUUUAGUACCAUUGAUGAUUUAAGAGCAUGCUCUGUUUGUCUUUAUUCUAUGACGGAAAGAUCUAAAUUUGCAAGAAUAUUUAGAGACACAUUUGAUCAGUUAAUGAAUGCUACCAUAGGGAACUUGAUUGAACGUUGUGGACCAGAUUCAUCUGAAUUAAUUUAUAUAACAUCAGGUAACAAUGAAUUAGUCAUCCAAGAUGGUGUUGAUCAGUAUUCUAAAUUGAAUAUGGGAGGAUCAAAACAUGAUGGUAUGCCUCCGGCAGUUAAUAGAGUUUAUGGUAAAAGACAAGGUGAAUCAUAUGGCGGUUUUGUUGAAAAUUCCCAAGUUGAUCGAGAAACUAAACAUGAUUUGAAAAGAAGUCGGAAAGUUUUAGAAAAUACGUCACUACCAAAUGGAUUGUCUAAUUUGUUAAUCAAUGGCACAGACUCUGAUAAAUCUGACGGAAAUUUGGACGAUAAUAUUGAAAAGACAUCGGAGGAGUUGUCUAACAAUUUCACUAAUCCUGGCACUAGUUCUGAAUCAGAAAAAGCAAUCAUUAACCGAUUAUUUUGCAAUGCUCCAGAGAAUGUAUCAGAUGACAACAAAAAGAAUCAAUACAUCGUCAAAAAACCAAAUGCAUCUCCUGAGGUUGACUGGGAGCCUUAUCAAAUACAGGCUUAUUUACAGCAACAUGUAGCUCGCCAAAACUUACAAGCAUAUUUAUCUUCAUUAGUCCCAAAUGCUGCUGCCUCUAUAAACGGAACGCCUCCUAAGCAGUUAAAUGAUGCUCAAAUUAAUGUUAAAUCUCCACCGAUAUAUGAUCGCCGUUCUCCUCAACAAGAAUGUGAUCGCUAUAUUUUAAAUAAUAAUGCUCCUAGCAGUGAUGAGUACUACAAUCAAAAUGUCAGACAAAGUGUGUCUGCUUCUACAUUAGUUAAUGCUGAUGAAAUCACAAACAAGACUCAUUCGAACUUAUCUGUAUCAACUGCAGUACAGACGCCUAUUGAAUCACAACCUUUACCAAUGAUCAAUCCACACAAUGUAAGUAAUGACACGCUUGAGUUAUUCUCUGGAAUUUCUAAUCAAUUCGGUAAUAUUCUAUUGAAUAAUGGAGCACAUGAUAUGAUCAAUAAUAUUUCUUCUUGGACCUCAGAUUUUUCGUCGAUAUUUACUGCGGAGCAAUUAUCAGAAUACAAUUUAGGAAAUGAAUACCAAAAUGAGAAAACAUCCAUGUACUCUAGGAAGUACAAUGCCACUAACCCUAAUUUUGAGAAUGCAAACUUUUUCAAUGGAGUUGGUAACGGGAUGGCUACCAAUAAAUAUUCUAAUCCAAACCCGUCAUUUGUAGAAAUGAAACCAAACAAAUCUGAAUCUUCGACACACUCUCAAAAUAAUUGGAAUAAUAUGUUUGGUAAUCCAUUCACUGAUGGUUUUCAUACUGGGAAAGAAAAUUAUGGCUCUAUUGCCCAAUAA